GGAGGGUUAUUUCAUAUUGAGACCGCAAGUGCAGUACAAGUUGAUAUCCAACUAUCAAUCUUUAGGUUUAUUGCAUUAAAUAGAUCAUGAAAUCUUUCCUUUCUUUUUUUGCAUUCCUCUCACUUCUCCUGUUUGUAGACACCAUUGCAGCAGCUAGGAAAGAUACUGGAGAGUACUGGGGAGCUGUAACGAAAGAUCAGCCUAUGCCUGAGGCACUCCAAGAGCUUGUUCGGAUUGAGGCUGCCGUUGUCAGCCCCGAUGAGAAAACCAAGUGCCAUACAUCAGGUAAUAUUGAGCUUAAGGAAGAGAAGAUUAUUGUUAAUGAGGAGUUCGAACCAAGGCCAAACGUUUCAGCUUAUGGUGAUGACGCUAAUCUAAACGGAGAUAAAUCAUCAUCUUUUGCUGAAGAUUUUGAACCGAGACCUAACGUUUCGGCUUACGGGGGCGAUGAUGCUGGUCUUAAAGGACAGAAAGAAUCAUUCACUAAAGAUUUCGAUCCAGAGCCAAAUGUCUCCGCUUACAAUAACUAAUUAAAAGCGAAACCAAAGUACCAGUGGCUUAGACCCACAUCUUCCAAUAAUUUCGUCAUCAGAUUGUGUGUUGUACUCUUGCGUGUGAAGCUUUAUGUUUUAUAUUUGUGAAAAAAAAUAAGUGGGUUGUUAUGAAUAUAUAUGAUUAUGUGACCACUAUCAUUACAGUAGAAUGGCAAAGGAACUGUCGGUGUUCGUAGUAA